UGCAGGUUUACGUGAUCUGCUCGUUUACGGUAGUGGUAGAAAGCUUCGAAGGGCGAGCUUUUAACAGCCUAGCUGGUUUGGAAAGUUUAAAGACUUGUUAAAAACCAAGCAGCUAAGUUUCGUGUCUGCAGAUCCAGGGUUUCACCAUCACACCGACUAACUGGGACGGUGGAGUUUAGCUGCUUUGCCAGCUAGUAGCCAUAUUUUUUUUAUUUCCUGGAACAGAGACGGAGUAUUUAUCUUCUCCAGAACGUUUCUGAUGGGAUCCAAACGGAGAAGCACAGCCGGAGGAACGGCUGAAUGGGCCAACAGGCAGGUCGUCUCUCAUGUGGCACGAAGCACGGUGUGGGCGUCAGGGAAACACCAGCUCUGCGCCUCAAAAUGUGAUAACCCACUGAUGUCACACCUAAAAUGGUUCCACUGGAGACGCGGUCCAAAAACGCUCUAAAGUUUGUUCCAGUUGAAGGCAAAGAGUGGAAUGGCCAGUGAUGUCAGAGGAGGGAAGCUAACAUUAUCUCUGCACGUCAGGAUGAACGGCCUUUAAUCAUCAACCCUUUGAUCUGCUUUGCUAAGGUUUGUUCUGCGUAUUUGUUGUUGUUUUUCUGCAGGCUUUAUGCAGAGGAAGCUUUUCCACUUCAGUCUGCUUUCCUAAAGUUCAAAGAGAAGCUUACUGGUAACCCUGGAUCACAGCUCUGAGACCGCCGCCGCUCAUUAUGUGCUGUCAAGGUCAGCCAUGCCUCUGAGGCCGUAUCCGACGCUCCUGCGCUCCGAUUUGGAUGCAGCUGCAGUUCAGACGUCGCCUCAGAGGAGCCAGCAGGAGGUGCUGAGGAAGAAGAUGUCCAGUGAGCGGAGCAGCCGUUCGCCGUUACGUUUGAUCUCCACCAACACCCUCUGCUGUGGCGCCGCCGUGCAGGCCCCCCCCUCACCGACCAGCAGGUACCACCCUCCUCUGGGUCCGUGCCAGAACACGGCGGAGGAUGGCGAUACGACGCUGAACAUGUGGACCGUCAUCAAACCGGGACACGUGCGUGAGAAGAUUGCCAUCUUCGCUUCAGAGGGGAGGCUGACGGACGGGACCGAGGACGGCGCACGCGGCUCGGCGAGCUAUUUGAGCCGCUGCAGUGCAGCAGGGAUGACGUGUGUGAGCAGCGGCGCUCUGUCGGGGCAGUUCCGUGCCGUGAAGGCAAAGGGAAGCUGGGAGGAGAACAGCUCUGCCAAGAGGCGCCGCAGGUCCCUCCACAACCAGAAGCAUCAGCUGGACCAGAGGAGCCGUAUGGCGAGCGAACCGCUGUGUGACUUCAGAGCAAAGCCGAGGUGUUCAAAGUCAGCCGGCGGGCCGCGUGGGGAAGCGCCGCCGCCGCCGGCAGAGCAGGAGCAGAAGGUUUCGGUUGUGGACAUGGUGGCCUUCCUGGAGCACAGAGCGAGCGAACUUCAGCCGAACCUCAAACCUCUGCUGAAUAUCCAGAGGAGCUGCACCACCAUCACCCUGUCCAAAACCAUCCGGCCAGAGAUCAGGGAGGGGGAGGAGCCAGAGAUCAGGGAGGGGGAGGAGCCAGAGAUCGUCAGGGUCUCAGAAAUGGUGGCCAAGCUGGAGUCGGAGUGUCUGAGGAGCUGCGAGACCAGUCUGUCCAGGAGCAACAGCCUAAAGAGGACAGUGGGCCGAGUCCUCCUCGCUGCAGGGCAGAAAAGCUUCAGCCCACCGCCAGAACCCCCCCCAGUAACCCCCCCAGUAACCAAGGGCUCUUCAUCACCAUCAUCAUCAUCACCACCUGAGCCUCUGAGCAGCAGCGAGAACCCCGUUAGUUCAUCACACACAGUCGGAGCGGCGCCCCCAGCUGCACCGCAUUCAGGUGAUCCUACUGGGGAGGUUUCAGGGGAGACCGCCCCCCCACCCCCUCAGUCUGAGGAGCAGGAGCCCCUGCCCGGCCUCCUGUUUCUCUCCCCUGAGGAGUCAAACCGCUGCGCUCCUCAUUACAGGACAAGCUUCUACCUCCAGCCGACCCUUCCUCCUGCCCCUCCCGCCAUCAGCCCCCUUCCCCAGUCGGAGAAGAACGGGGGCCACAACUCUCGCUCUGCCGCAGUGCCUCUUGGCAGGAGUCCCUCGGCGUCGCAGGACUUCCUGAAAGUGCGCCGGCGGCUGCAGCAGCUGCUGGCGCCUCAGUCGUACCUGCUGCUGCUUCCCCAUCACCUGUUGGUGAACAUGUUCCUGCUGCUGCCCACGCAGAGCCUCGCCGCACUCAAGUGCACCUGCAGCUACUUCAAGUUCAUCAUCGAGAACUACGGCGUGCGCCCCGCCGACUCGCUCUGGGUGUCCGACCCCCGCUACCGUGACGACCCCUGCAAACAGUGCAAGAAGCGUUACUGCCCGGGGGACGUGUCCCUGUGCCGCUGGCACCACAAGCCUUACUGCCAGGCUCUGCCCUACGGGCCAGGCUUCUGGAUGUGUUGCCAUGGUGCCCAGAGGGAUGCACCUGGCUGCAACGUGGGUCUCCAUGACAACCGCUGGGUGCCUGCAUUUCACAGCAUCAAUGUGCCAAUUUAUAGGAGGAACUAUAGCCAUGAAAGCUGAAUGAUUGUUUGUGUGAAGCCUUAAGUCCUUCCUCAGUCAUCAGCCUUCAGUCUCUAACAUUUUGCUUUUCCAGAUUAAAGCACGUUAAACCAAAAUGGAUCAGCUGUUGCUCUGAGACGCUGCAGCGGCCGGUCCAACGGCUUCUACCCGCCGCGUGCAUUCAGGCCCAUUCAGCUCGGUUCUGUUCAUAUUCGGCAGAACCGGGUCCUUUUCUUUUUUCUGGACGUUGAGGGAUGUGUUAAAGUCACUUAUGUAAAAGUUUUUUUUAUUUUCAUUAAGGAGUAAAACUCAGUUCACCUGUUCAUUUUUUGUUUGGGAAUAAAAAUUUCUUCUUUUUUUUUUUUUUUUACACAUUUUAAGCAGAAAAAUCCCAGGAUUUAGAAAUCCAAGCAGCUGAGAACAGAUUUGUAGAAGAAAUCUCCACGUUUUGAGUUGCUGUAUGAAAUGUGGCGCCCCCUACCUCUCAGGUCGCCACCUUUCAGAUUUCUUCUGGUUUUUUUUGUUGUUAAUUGAUCACUGAUCAAUAGAUUGGACUUUUAUCCAGAAGGCAGAAGAUUCACAGCCAGGACUCUUCUGUGAACCAGAUUUCUGAGAACUGUUGCAAAAAUGGAGCUUAGAUCAAUUGGCGAGCUGGGCUGGAAACGGCGGCGCAGGAAGUCAGAACAUUCAGCUUCUCAGCUGGUUUUAAAUAACUGAUGUGGGGAAGUGAUCUGUUCAUACCUUAGGAACAAAUGGUGUAAGCAGAUCAACAGGAGAGGAUGGGAAAGCUUCCAAAGCAGAACGUGUUCCUGAACACACCAUGCUGGGUUUUGUAUAGGAUUUGUUUGAGUGCUUCCAUUAGCUGACGGAUAAUCAUUUUAUCUCUUAGUAGGACGGGGAGAAACGUGGCCUUGGGUCUUUGAGACGAUGCAAUAUGGA